AGUUUAUCAAGAAAAGGGAAAGGAACUGGUAGUGAGAGACAAUUUCUCUGCAAAUCCAAAAAGAUGUAAUGAAUCUAGAAGUAAAUUGAUUAAAUAUUUGAAAAGGUUGUUAUGCAAGUGACGUGCGAUCACAGAAAGUGCCACUGUGUUUCGUGCUGUUCUUGCAGCCCUUCUGAAAGGCAGGACGGUGUUUGUUUGGCUCAUAAUAAACUGGAGAAGAGGGUUAACCAAGCUUCCUGCAGAUGUGAAAACACUCCGGAGCAUGUGUUUAAAAUUCGGUUACAAGUUAGUUUAUUUUUAAUUACACCCACACCUUAACAACCCUGCUGACAUUAAUAAACAAAUUGAUGAUAUUCUCUUAGAAAUUUUUCAAUAUUAAAGUAAUUGGAGUUCUUUCAUUGCUAUUGAGCUCAAUAGGUUGCUUUACUUACGAUACUGUCCACAGAAUUUUUAUUCAUUUUGUAUUCAUCGUAUAGGAUAAGAGUUAUUUGUCUAGUGUAUAUGCUAAAUAUAGAAAGGCUAUUUUAUCAAAUAACAAUCUAUAUUCUAUUAUGCCGGCAUUUAUAAUUGUUAAUGUUAUUCUUUUUUUUUUAAUUUAUACAUACACGUAAGAAUUUAUAACAUUCUUUUAUUUCUUCUUCGUUAUCGACAUUAAUCGUCACCCCCUUCUUCAUUAGCUUUGUCAUAUUCUCUUUGUUUUCUUUAUUAUUCUUUUCAUACAGCCUUUAUUUUAAAUAUUUAAUCUUUAUAUCUUACUCAUUAUUUUUUAUUAUUUUAUUUAUAGAAAAUCAAACAGUGGUUUAAGCAGUCGAACAGUCAGCAAAGGAGUUUAUUAAUUAAGGAAAUAUUAGAUGACUGUGAACCAACCCAAUUACUUCUCAUGAAGGAUGUAGUAGAUGGCCUAGAACUUGGAAAUGAUUUUGUCCAAUGGUUGCCGAGAUCUCUUUGUUUGCAUAUUUUUUCGUACUUAGAUGUUGUAAGUCUCUGCCGAUGUUGUCAGGCGUCUAAAGCGUGGAAGGACGCUGCUGAUGACGUUUCACUAUGGAAAGCACUCUGUAAUAGACCCGAAUGGGCAACAUCCUCACCUGAUCGCCUAUUUGCCUUUAUCGAUAAAAAAGCUAAUUCUACUAUAUUAGACUGGAAAGCCGCUUUUGCUGAACGUUAUCGUAUUAGGAAUAAUUGGUUGACUGGAAGAUGUCAUGUCAGAACAUUUGAAGGCCACACGCAGGGUGUUUCGUGUGUUCAGUUUGACGAAACACGAAUAGUUAGUGGAUCUAGUGACAAAACUAUUAAAGUUUGGAAUAUGAGAACAAACAGUCACUUAGCUGUCCAAACGCUUGUUGGACACUCCGGAACCGUAAGGUGCCUUUAUUUAUGUGCCAAUCAAUUGGUUAGUGGUUCUACAGAUUGCACAAUAAAAAUCUGGGAUCUAUCUGAUAGCUUAACUUGGAGUAGCAUUGCUUGUAGGGCUACUCUCCAGGGUCAUACAGACGCUGUAAGAUGUGUUAGCGUUCACGAUUCGAGAUUGGUAAGUGGCUCUUAUGAUAAAACUUUAAAAGUUUGGGAUAUGACCACAAGGGAGUGCGUUCAGACGCUAGCUGGUCAUGACGCAGCGGUCCUAUGCGUUCAGCAGAACGAAGAGACUAUCGUUAGUGGAUCGUGCGAUAAAACUAUUAAAAUCUGGAGAGACGGUCGUUGUAUAGGUACUCUAAUUGGUCACGCCGAUGCUGUUACGUGCGUACAAUUGGAUUAUAAAAGGAUCAUAAGUGGCAGUGUUGAUUGUACAAUAAAAUUUUGGGAAAACGAUACUUGCGCUAAAACGAUCGAUUGGAUGGCGUCGGAAGGCCAUACUGGGGUUGUAAGAUGUAUACAAACAGAUAGAUGGAGAAUGGUAAGUGCCUCAGAUGAUAAAACAAUAAAAAUAUGGAGUUCGACAAAUGGUAAGAGAUUGGUAACCCUUAAAAAGCAUUCAGACGGCGUUACCUGCAUUCAAUUUAAUGAUAAAAUGAUUGUGUCUGGCUCCUAUGAUAAAACUGUCAAGUUGUGGGACUUUAGCUCAUGUUAA